UAAUGUAGAUUUAAAUCUCUUUCAUUUUACUUUACUCGUGUGGGUGUCUUGGCUGCAUGGAUAUCUGUGCCUCUCUUGUAUGACUGUGGAAGACGGAAGAGAGCUUUGGAUCCACCUGGCCUGAAGUUACAGACAACUGUGAGGAGGCAUGUGGGAGCUCGGAAUCUAAGCCAGGCAACCCGGAAGGCUGCAGCGCCCCCUGGCGGCCUCCUGGAUUUUGGGAGGUCCUUGGGAGCAGCCUAGGCAUAGAGCCAGGCCACAGUUCACAGAAGAUGGCUAGGUCCCGGGAUGAUCUACAGCUGGUCCUCGCGCUCUGGAAAAAGAUGGGCAGCAAUGUCUCAAUCUAUGCGACCGAGGCCUUGGAGAGGACCUUCAUGGCUUUCCCCUCCACCAAAACCUACUUCUCACACUUGGACCUGAGGCCAGGCUCUAGCCAGGUUAAAGCCCAUGCACAAAAGGUGGCCGACGCACUGACUCUCGCUACCCAGCACCUGGAUGACCUGCCUGCUUCUCUGUCUGCUCUCAGGGAUCUACAUGAGCGCAAGCUCUGUGUGGACCCCACUAACUUCCAGUUCUUCAGCCACUGUCUGCUGGUCACUCUUGCCCGGAAUUAUCCUGGAGACUUCAGCCUGGAAAUGCAUGCCUCCUUGGACAAGUUUCUGGGUCACGUGACGUCGGCACUGGUCUCCAAGUCUGGCUGAGCUGAGAAUGUAGUGUAGCUGAGUCUCCAGUUGUGCCCUUCCUCAAGCUCUCAAUGUUUGAGUAAACCUCCCCAGGACUGCACUGCUGUCCUGUAACCUGAGGGGAACAGGAGAAAUAUACACCCCGCUCCCCGCAUCCCAAAACAAGGUUCUACAAGAAUGGAAUUAGAGCUAAACUGGUUUCACAGACCUCACAUGAGAGGCAGCUGUCCCUUGUUUUUGUUGUUUUAUAUUAUUUUUGUCUUUCAGAUAAAUAUCAUGUUCUCAUGUACCCCA